AUGUCUAAAAAGUUUAGCUGCAUUGUAGCAGUUUGUGAAAACCGCGGUAUCGGCAUCAACGGAGAUCUGCCAUGGAAAUUGAAGCAAGAACUGAAAUACUUUUCCCGAACAACAAAAAAGGUGGAAGAUGCUGGUAAACGAAAUGCAGUUAUUAUGGGUAGAAAAACAUAUUUUGGCGUUCCUGAAAGCAAGCGUCCAUUGCCUGAUCGUCUGAACAUAGUUCUAACGCGCGAUGCCACGGCGUAUGCUUUUCCUCCGGAUGUGCUUGUUUGCGGCAGUCUUCAAGAUGCAUUGCUUCGGCUUGAUUCCUCGAAUUUUGGCGAGGAGAUCGAAAGCAUUUGGGUUGUGGGUGGUAACAGCGUGUACAAAGAGGCGAUGGAAUCUGAUCGUUGCCAUCGUGUCUAUCUGACGGAAAUCAAAAAGCAGUUCGAAUGUGAUGCUUUCUUCCCCGAAAUGCCGAAAUCCUUUGUGGUUGUGGACAAUGAUGCGGAUAUCCCGAGUGAUGUGCAAGAAGAAAACGGAAUCCAAUACGUGUACAAAAUUUAUGAGAACAAACUCUAA